GUACACUUUUCAUGUACGUCACAUUGUAGAAGCGUAACAAUUAAUUUCACGUGAUGCAUUGUUAACAACAGAAAAAUACAACCAUAUCCGCAAUGCCAGAAAAACCAGGGAAACACGAUAACAAAAACGAAGCAAAGGGGGAUCCGAAGUUAUCCCAGGGGAAAACUUACGACAUCCUCCCCGAGAUCCCGGGGGACAGGAGGACGAGGCCAAAGAAAACCGCAAAGAGGUCAGGUUUGGGCAAGAUGUAUGACAUCCUGCCAAGCAUUGGUCCUAACGUGUACACCUUCCAGGAGUUCCAGAAAAUAUACGAGGAAAACGAAAGACAGGUUGAGGAAACAAUGAAGCAGCGUAUGCAUGAACCACCAGGGAUCUUCAGCGAUAUGGGCAAGUUUCAGAACCUGGGUGAUGUCUCUGUGAAGAGACCAUCCUCCCCCCCUCGGGAUCUUGUGAAGAAGCGUCGCGGGCCGAAGAGGAAUCACCAUCUCGAUACAUAAAUGGACUUAGUUAUUUUUAAAUUGUAGAAACUUUAAAAGUAAUCAAGAAAGUCAUUUUUUUUUAAUUAACCUGAUAAAAUUAUCAUUUGGUUAGUGCAUGAACAUUUGUCAAAUUCCAUAUUUUUUCAUAAAAAGUUGCAC